AAUCCAACUCUUGCCAUGUUAAAAAAAAAUCUACCAAAAACUCACAACAAAUAUUAUUGUAAUAAACGACGUAUUCGUGGGGCAGAUUUGCAAGUUGGCGUCUAUACAGUGGGAUCAAUAAUUUAAUUAACUCGUUGCUGUUACUAACUUGAAGCCACAACCAAAUCUUGAUUUUAUUGCAUCUCGUUACUCAUCGCUCCAACAAAAAGAUGGAUCUCCCUUGGUAUUCUGUUCUAGUUCCCCUGCUUGUUUUCAUUUUCAUCGCCCAUCAAUGUUUGAUUACUAAUUUCAACAAUCCAAAAAAGUCACCACCAUCUCCAAGAAAGCUUCCGAUCAUAGGAAAUUUACAUCAACUUGGGUCACAUCCUCACCGUUCUCUCCAUAAACUAUCACAAAAACAUGGUCCAGUCAUGCUACUUCACUUGGGAAGUAAGCCAAUGCUCGUUGCUUCCUCUGUUGAUGCUGCUCGUGAUAUCAUGAAAACUCACGAUCUCGUCUGGUCAAGCAGACCUAAAUCCAGCAUCGUUGAUAGACUCUUAUAUCGCUCCAAGGACGUAGCCUUUAGUUCUGGUGAAUAUUGGAGGCAAGUUAGAAGUAUUAUUGUGCUUCACCUUCUCAGCAAUAAAAGAGUUCAAUCUUUUCGUGAUGUCAGAGAAGAAGAAAUAUCGAAGGUGAUUGCAAAAAUCAGGCAAGAGUGUGAUUCUUUGAGUUCAGUGAUAGAUUUGACCGAUAGUUUAUAUUCUCUGACUAAUAACAUAAUUAGCAGAGUGGCCUUAGGGAGGAAAUAUAAUGAAGGGGAAAGUGGAAUAGAUGCUAAGACCAUCCUAGAAAAACUAGUUGAACUUAUAGGUUCUUUUAACAUUGGGGAUUAUAUUCCAUGGCUUGAAUGGGUCAAUAAAAUCACUGGUUUGGACACCAAAGUGGAGAAAGUAGCUAAAGAGUUGGAUGCAUUUUUGGAGAGUGUGAUUGAAGAACACAUUAGUAGGAACAACAAAGGUGAAUACAGUGCGGGUGAAGCUAAAGACUUGGUGGACGUUUUGCUAGAAAUUCAAAAUGGAAAAGAAACUGGCUUUCCUCUGCAAAGGGAUUCAUUAAAAGCUAUCCUCUUGGAUACGUUUGGUGCGGGUACGGAUACAAUACAUACAACUCUAGAUUGGACAAUGACGGAGCUUUUGAGGCAGCCAAGAACAAUGGAAACAUUACAGAAUGAAGUGCGACAAUUAGCUCAAGGAAAAUUGGAGAUAACAGAGGAUGACUUAAAAAAUACUCAUGUGCAAUAUCUGAGAGCAGUUAUCAAGGAAAGCCUCAGGCUUCAUCCACCGAAUCCACUACUAGUUCCUCGAGAAUCAAUGGAAGACGUGAAAUUAUUGGGCUAUUAUCACGUACCUGCUAGAACUCAAGCCUUUGUUAAUGUUUGGGCAAUCGGCAGAGACCAGUUAUUGUGGGAAAAUCCAGAGGAGUAUCGGCCUGAGAGAUUCUUAAAUAGUGAUAUUGAUGUCAAAGGCCUAAACUUUGAGUUGAUUCCCUUCGGAGCUGGCAGAAGGGGCUGCCCAGGAAGUACUUUUGCUAUUGCGGUAAUUGAGCUAGCGUUGGCAAGGCUAGUACAAAAGUUCAAUUUUUCCUUACCAGAAGGGAUAAAACCGGAGGAUUUGGAUAUGACUGAAAGCACUGGCAUCACUGUUCGUAGGAAAUCACCUUUGCUAGUUGUGGCCACUCCAAUCACUGAUCUAAUUCACCAAUAUUAUCAAUAAAACAAUAGUUCCCAGCAUUGCUAGUAGUUAAUAAUUUCACAAUAUGUAACAAGUGUAUUGGUCGACUUCCUUUUGGGUGUUUGUACAUCUAUUUUACUUUCUUUUAUGCAAUAUUUCUUGUCCUA